AUGUCGAUAUUCGACAAUUACAGCCCAGUGGGUUGGAUGAGGUUCAGACUCGCCACUUUAAUUCUAAACAUAUUAGUUGUGUUGCUUCAACUUUUUCUCUUUUCAGCUCUUCCCUACAUUAUCUAUCUCUUAAGUUCCUGGGAUCCAGUAUAUUUCGAUCUAGAUCCACACUAUGUAAUGAUCAGUAGCGCUCCUUUCAUUGCUCAGCUGAAGAUUAACCUCACGCUAACCAUAUCGAUUGCUAUGGAGAGAAUAUUGGCCCUGUAUUUCCCGGUCGCUUUCCGCAUGCUGUCUUCUCGGUCGUAUGCCAUGUUUUGCGUGUUGUUCGGAUUUUUCUUAGCAAUAUGGGAUCUUGUCCUUGAGUUCUCACUCUCGCCGUCCAACCACUCUCCCAACUGUCUCUCUGUCGGUUGUUUUUUAUGUGAGCAGUUUCGCUGGUAUUGGGGAAUCAGCAACAUGGUGAGGUUUUUCUUUCUCAACACCGUCUACAAAUUUUGUACAUGCUCAAAAAAGUUCAAGCAGGUAGUUCAUGAUUUUUUCCAGUAUGGAAGAAGUUUUGCUGCUUAUCGCACUGGGUUCCUUCUUAUAUCAUUGGUAUUUGUUACGAUUCCAAGUGUUGGUGCUGGAAUGGUUGAAAUGAUCGGCUUUUCUGUUUUCAAAGCCAUUGGUUCUUUCUACAUUUUUGGCUUACUCUGUGCAGGUUGUAAUUACACUAUCAAAAUAAGCGUUCUGAUUCUUUAUUUUAGGCAUACUUACCAGUGCUCUACUCCUUACUUUAAACGAGAAAGUGCGAGUAGUGGCGAAAACAUAUAUCGCUGGAAGACGCCGAUCACGUGUCGUUACUCUAUCCGCUGCUAA